UCAAAAGUGCAAAGCGUAUUGAGAUCGUUUGCGAUCCACCACUUCAAGCUAUGCGGAAUUCAAUAACUUGUUUGCUGCUUGGAAACCUGACACUCAGCUUUGCUGCAAUCUCUGCUCCGACCUCUUGCCAGAUUACCCAGAGCUCCUUCACGGCCUCAAAUCCAACAGAGACCACUGUGUCUGUGACUUCCAAUGAAAAAAGGGUGACAUUCUCUUUGCAGGUGGACUUUCAAGGAACAUGCACAAGCAGCACUGGUGAUACAAGUUGGGUGUCAGCCAGUGGUGCUCGAAGCUACUAUGUGCAGGGAAUUGACAGCACCAACAGCAAGACCGGAGAGACAUUUAACGGCGUGGAAGUCAAAGACGAACAGGACAACAUAGCCUUUAAGUACGGCUCUAGGUGGACUGACCAAGCAUGCGUCUCCGAGGAGUUUAAAGGCACUUGGACAGCAGGCAGUGAAGUUUGCGAUUCAACAAGCGGAACCAUUUCUGGCACAGAUUGCAGAGACUUGUUCAACGCAGUGGAAGCUUCGAUAUGCUGGCAGAUACCUAGUCCUGUCGUUUGCAUUGACAGCAAACUAGUGUCUGGCACCCUCAGUGCAUACGCAAGCUUGCGAUUGGUGGCUGCUGGGGAGACUGUCACCAGCAGCCCGAGCAUCGUCUUGGA